CUCCCGAACCCGACGACCACACCACCCUACACCUCUUUCCGCGCUCAUCACCCGGCACUACCUUACCCCCUACAUCCCUUCCUCCGCGGACCAUCUCACAUACCGAUAACGCAAUCACGCCACCCUCCCUUUCGGAAAUCAAUCCCAGACCAGCAUCCCUACUCUGUAGAUCUCUUUGCAAUGAAGUUCACCAUCGCCAUCUCGCUGCUCGCUCUCCUCUCGUCGUCUGUCGCUCUUCCUGUCGAUUCGCACCAGGAUGGAUCUGACAGCCAGCGGUCGGGCAUGUCAAAGAAGGAUGUAGUUCCCGCACCCCCCCUUGAUCCCACUGCUUAUCAUGCCGAUGUACCUGUUGACGUUCCCCCGCUGCCGCCGACCACCUAUUCCGCUCUGCCGCCGCCACCCCCGCUGCCUGUGCCCAUUGCUCCUGUUGACCCAGUCCCUGUUGGACCCAUUGAACCGGUUGAGCCUAUUGCACCUAUUGAACCAGUUGCACCGGUUGCACCUAUUGUACCCGGCCCUAGCUAUGUCGCCCGCUCAUUUGAUGGACUCCCCGGCGGCCCGCUAGUUCCUCACGCACCAUAUGUCCCAUUCGGACCUGGUGUUCCAUUCGCCGGCGUGUCUUUCAUCCCUGGUGUCGGUUAUGUGCCCGUUACUCCUGGCAGUUUCCUCGGGGGCCCUAUCGGCCUCGUCGAUCCGUUCUUCCCUGGCUUCCCAGGCAGUGGUGUUCCAGGUGGUCCUGUUGACCCAUUCACUCCUGGUGGUCCUGGAUCCGGCCUUCCAGGUAGUCCUGGUGGAGGCCUUCCAGGCAGUCCUGGUGGAGGCCUUCCGGGCGGCCCUGGCGGUGGUUUCCCAGGCAAUCCUGGCGGUGGUUUCCCAGGCGGUCCUGGCGGGAACGGAUCAAACAGCGGAGGUGGUGUCUGCGGACUCUCGCCAACCCAAGUGUCCGCACUGACCCCCUUACUCAAGAAGCUUGGUCUUGCACCUACAGUCAACGAGGUGAAGAACGUGGUCGACAACAUUGUGUUCAGCCUCGGCGACCUGCUAGGCAGCGAAGGCAUUUCUCAGCUGCUCGGCGCAGUCAACAGCCUAGUCAAGGACCUUGGGCUUGGUGGUCUUGAUGCUAGGCCCGCUGUCAACGAGGUGAUCUCCAUUCUGCGGAACCAGGUGCCAUGUCUGCUUAACACGCUCCUUCCUCUUCCAUGAAUUCCUGAUGAUUUCUGUAAUCCUUGACUCCUCAAUAAUAUCGCG